AUUUGUCCCUUUAAAAUGCCUGCAACUUGCUGCUCAGUUCCUGGUUGUCAUGUUAGGGGAGGACAUGAAUUCCCUGCGAAUCCAGAUCGUCGGAAAUUAUGGAUUAAUGCUGUGAGGCGAUUGGAUCAGCAUACGAUGAAAACAUGGGUCCCAUCGAAGACAGCAGUCGUCUGUAAGGAACACUUUACUGCUAACGACUAUGUGCAGGAGACGAUACACGGUAACGAGCGCAUUAUUUUACGACUGCGAUUAUCAGCUGUGCCCAGCAUUUUCCCCUGGACAAACCAAGAGUCAGAAUCUUCUUCUAACAGAAAAGAAAGAGCUGCUGAACGAGAAAGGGCGAGAUCCAAGGUUGAAAACAGUUGUAGGAAAAAUUUAGAGGAAUGCUUUAGUAAAGAUGAUGAUGCAAAUAUAGAAAUGCAAGAAGAAGUUAUUGUUAUUUCUGAAGUAAAUAUUUGUGAAGAUAGGGAAAGUGAUAUUAUGUCUAAGCAAGAAUCUUUUGGGAAAGCAACCCAAACCCAAAAUAAACCAAUGUUUGAUGUGGAGAAUUUUGUGAAUGACAAUGUAGGGAUGCAUUUUUACACUGGUCUAGAAACUUAUUGUAAGUUUUUAUUUGUUCUUCGGACAUUAGGUCCAUCUGCUUAUUGUUUAAAAUACAUUUUUUUUCAAGUAGACAAUCAAACUAUUUCUGUUGAAAACCAGUUUUUCAUGACUUUGAUGAAACUUAGGCGUUAUUUAACCAAUUUUGAAUUGUCCAGAUUUUUUUCAGUGUCUGAGUCAACUGUUAAAAAUAUUGUUAACACAUGGAUAAUUUUCAUGUCAAAGCAAUGGCAAGAAGUUAAUAUUUGGCCAUCUCGUAGUUUAGUCAAAUACUUUGCUCCUUCUGAUUUUAAAGCAAAAUUUCCUACAACUAGAAUUAUUGUUGAUGGCACAAAAUGUCCAAUCAAAAAGCCUAAGGCUCCAAGGGCACAGCAGGCUACAUUCUCAUUAUACAAAAAUCGAAACACUAUUAAGAUACUUGUUGGCUCAACAUCAGGUGGAUUAGUUAGUUUUAUAUCAAAUGCUUAUGGAGGUAGUACAAGUGAUAGGCAGAUUGUAGAGAGAUGUAAGCUAGUGAACCUAUGUGAUCCUAAAGACAGCGUAAUGGCUGAUAAGGGUUUUAACGUUCAAGAUCUUUUUGCACGGAUGGAUGUCACUGUAAAUAUUUCAACUUUUUUCAGAAAAAGAAAUAGAAUGAGUGGAAAAAUUCUUCUUAGGGAUAGGAAGAUUUCUAGUAAAAGAGUACACAUUGAGAGAAUAAUUGGUCUAGGAAAAACUUAUAAAAUUCUUACCAUUCCAUUGAAUAGCAUAGAGACAAAAAUAUCAUCUCAUAUCACUUUUUGUUGUUACAUGUUGUGUAAUUUUAGAACAUGCAUCAUUCCUAAGGAUGCUUAAAGGCUUAGUGCAUAUGUUGUCAAGUUUUCAAAUCCUGUAAUACAUUUUGCUCAUAACAUCUUGAGAAGCAAUGUUUUGUAUAAUUUAAAGAAUAACAAAUUCAGAUAGCAGUUUAAUAUGUAAUAAGUUUACUUAUUGAAUGGUCUGUAAAAAUGUUUAACAAGUAAUGCAGGUUUGAAAUACACAUAAUAGAAGUUGUUUAACUUGUCAAUCAUGUCCAAAAUAAAAGCUUCAUCUCUGGA